AAUUUUUUUUAAGUAAAAAAGCCAAGCCAGCACAUCAUUAAAAAGACCUUUAAUAUGAAAUUUUUUGAAUGGGAACAUACACGACUUUUCAACUUACCCCAUAAUAAAUCUACUAGCCGUUAGUUUCAAAAAUAUGAAGGAAAAAAACAAAAAAUACAAUACCUAUUUUCCCUUUCUGAUUUUCUCAAUCUUCAAUGACUUACAAAAACAACCCAUUAAAUACUCUGUAGAUAAAGAAAGAGAGGUACAAGAUGAUUGGAUCAGAUGAAAAUUGUCAAGGUGUUAUCAAGCCUUCAAAUCUUCAAGGGGUAAUGGGGAAUAAUAGAAGGGCUCUAAGCACAAUAAAUGGGAAUAUAGUUGAAGCUCCAUCAUACCCUUGUAAGAUACACAAGAAAAAUGGCAUCAUUGACAAGAAUGCUGAUAGUGCUAAGAAUCCUCCUCCCAUCCCAUGUCAUCGACCAAUCACGAGUAUGGGGGAUUCUUGCUGCUUCAGGAAGUAUGCUGCACAAAUGGCUAGCAAGCAACAACAACCAACCGUCGAGGUAUCAAAGCCACCGGUCCAAAGAGCACCUAAUAGAAACGAAUCAGAAGGUCGAAUCAUUAUUGAUGUAGAAGAUUAUAAGGCCAAAAGUGACUAUGCUGUGCCAAUGUUUGUGCAACACACGGAAGCAAUGAUGGAGGAAAUUGAUCGGAUGGAUGAUGAGAUAGAGAUGGAAGAUUUAGAAGAGACGUUAGUUGCAGACAUAGAUAGCGCUGAUAAAAAGAACACACUUGCAGUUGUGGAGUACAUUGACGAUAUUCAUGCUUACUACAAGAAAGCUGAGGGUUCUGGCUGUGCCCCUCCAAACUAUAUGGAACAACAAUUUGAUAUUAAUGAGAGGAUGAGAGCUAUUCUCAUUGACUGGCUGAUUGAGGUACAUUACAAGUUUGUACUGAUGGAGGAAACUUUGUACUUGACCGUAAAUCUUAUCGAUAGAUUCUUGGCAGUCCAACAAGUGGUUAGGAAAAAACUCCAGCUUGUUGGAGUAACGGCUUUGCUUCUCGCCUGCAAGUAUGAAGAAGUUUUAGUUCCUGUCGUUGAUGAUCUCAUUUUGAUCUCUGAUAAGGCUUACACCAGAAAAGAAGUGCUUGAUAUGGAGAAGUUGAUGAUCAAUACCUUACAGUUCAACCUAUCAGUGCCUACAGCAAAUGUGUUUAUGAAGCGAUUUCUUAAAGCUGCUCAGUCUGAUAAGAAGGUGGAGCUCUUGUCUUUCUUCAUGACCGAACUAUGCCUCGUUGAGUAUGAAACUCUUAGGUUCCCUCCUUCAAUGCUAGCAGCUGCUGCAAUAUUUACUGCACAAUGUACUGUACUAGGUGUGGCUAAUGAGUGGAGUAAAACUUGCGAGAAAUAUAGCAACUAUACUCGAGAUCAGCUCUUGGAGUGCUCGAAACUGAUGGUUUCUUUCCAUCAGAAGGCUGCAACUGGGAGGCUUACUGGCGUGCACAGAAAGUAUAGCAUCUCUAAAUAUGGCUUUGUUGCAAAAUUCCCACCUGCUUCUUUUCUUUUAGAAGCUUUUACCACAUGAUGUUGAAUGUUGUUGGAGUGGAGAGCAACUCUAAGCAACAUAAGUUGCCUCUGGCCAGUGGUAUUAGAUUUUCGCUUUCAGUGGAGAUGUGAUGUGUUUUUGUUUGAUUAUAUGGUUCUAUGUACCAAGAUCCAAGUACUUCUAUAAAUUGUUGAUACUAUUUUGUGAAUCUAACAGUUGUAUCCUAUAUGGUUCUAUGUACCAAGAUCCAAGUACUUCUAUAAAUUGUUGAUACUAUUUUGUGAAUCUAA